UUGCCGGUUCACAGAUAAAAUCUCUCUUUCAGUUUCAUGGAGUCUCUCGGGACGAUGGUCGGUUUCUUUUCUCAGAAGGUGAGGGAAAAGGUCGUACUGAUACGAGAGCUGUCACUCAAACACAGCAGAGAGGCUCAUGGGAAACGUGGUCCGCCUGACAGCUCCGGACUACAAACCGCAGCGUCGUUUGGACUAAAGAACGAGGGGUUUCGUUCAGUCAGACUCAUGGUGGGGGCGGAGCUAAGAGAAGGCGUGGUCGACUUCUCCCGCCGUACAGAUUCGGGCUGCAGGACGCUGCUGCGGCUGCAUCGAUCUCUGCUGUGGUUGAAGCUUCUGUUGGAGGGUUUGGCUGAAGGACCGGACGCCGACGGACAAUACAAAACACCUGGAGAGCUGAGCAGGGACGCCUACAAGGUGGCGUUGGCGCCCCACCACCGCUGGGUGCUCCGCCAGGCGGCGGAGUUCGUCUUCCUCGCCCUCCCGGGCAGACAGUACUUCCUGCAGCUGGUUUGUGUGCAGAGCCAGCGGGAGGCCAAGCCCGUCCUGCACGCCAUCAUCCACGCCCUGACGCUCGUGCACACACAAACUCAGCGAAUCCUGACCGAACACGACAUGCUGGAGCUGCCCUGAACGCAGCACGGCGACACCCUGACUGUACGUACAAACAGAAAAAUACUCUGAAAAAUACUCUGUUACAGUAAAAGUACUAAUACCACACUAUAAAAAAUAUUCUUUUACAGUAAAAGUACUAAUACCACACUGUA